AUGUCACCAAUUGGAGGGUUUGGUUUCCAAUUUUUAUCCAAAAUGUCUUCCGGAAUAAAUGUCGACGAUUCAUGCCUUGUUGCUUUUGAUGAAUUGAAAAAGAAUUCAAAGCACACGUAUUUACAGUUCAAGAUCUCCGAAAAAAGGACCAAGAUCGUUGUUGAAGAGCUUGUGAAGCCCGCAGCUACUUUUGAGGAAUUUGUCGCAAACCUUCCAGAAGACGAUGGCAGAUAUGCCGUUUACGAUCUCGAAUACAAGCUUUCGGAUACCGAUGGGCUGCGUAAAAAGAUCCUUUUUAUCAGCUGGAUUCCAGACUCGGCUGUAACAGGUCAAAAAAUGACUUACGCCUGUAGCAAGGAUGCAUUGAAAUCCAAGCUGCUGGGGAUUGCCCUGGACAUUCAGGCCAACUGCAAAGAGGACCUGGAAUACUCCAGCAUCAUGGACCGUUUGCGUAACAAGAACUAA